AUUUGAGCAGAGCGCAUGCGUGAAAGCUUUUGGACGUUUCUUUUUAAUCUACUGAAUAGUUUAGCAGAAAAAAAGACCAGAAAGUAUUUUAAAGAAAAUAUUUCGUAUGUUAGUAAAAAAUAAUAAUAAUAAUAAUUAUAGUAAUACAAGGCUCCACAUUUGUAAGUGUACGCUUGCUAAUAAGCUCUGAGUCGUGACGGAUAGUUUUAAAACUUGAUUUCAACAAGUGGCUCUUUUUCUUGAGUUAAUACGGUAAAGCUUUCUUCUUUUGGGGUCUCGUUUUGUCACAAAACAACUUGUAACUUAGACAUCAAGUUUGGGUGCAAUAAACGGGACUUGACAGUUUGCGGGUGACUGUCACAGGAUGGCUUGAGCGGUGACGUCAGACCCGGAAGAACACAGGACACAGACGGGACUGGUUGGUGAAGUGAAGGUGGUUCUCUCAGUCCCAGGUGUUGCGGUUUUGAAGUCACACAAUGAUUGUGUCAGGGAUUGACCUGGAGCAGCUGGCUGAAACAGAACUGCAGAAGGAUGAAGAAGAGCAGAAGAGUGCUGGAGGCAGUCCACCAACCCCCGCAUCAGUGCCUCAUGAAGCAUCCUAUCUCGAUAUCAACCAUGCUUACUAUGAUGUGGCUAGGCAUGGAAUCAUCCAAGUGACAGGUGAUGACAAUUACGGCAGGAAGCUGGUUGUUUUUAGCUGCUGUCGCAUGCCUCCCUCCCACCAGCUGAAUCACCAGAAGCUGCUGGAGUACCUGAAGUACACGCUGGAUCAGUAUGUGGAGAGUGAUUACACCGUGGUCUAUUUCCACUUCGGUCUCCGGAGCACCAACAAGCCCGCUCUGAAAUGGCUGCAGCGUGCCUACAAGGAGUUUGACAGGAAAUACAAGAAAAACCUUAAAGCCCUAUAUGUUGUUCACCCUACCAGCUUCAUUAAAAUCCUGUGGAAUAUUUUCAGACCUCUCAUAAGCCAUAAAUUUGGAAAGAAGGUUACAUACGUCAACUAUCUGAGUGAACUGAGGGACCAUCUCAACUAUGACCAGCUGGUAAUCCCUCCAGAAGUAAUCAGGCAUGAUGACAAGCUGCGUGCAACACAGAAAGGAGGCCUCCCUCCUCCAACAAAGACCCCACCGCCCCGCCCCCCCCUCCCCACGCAGCAGUUUGGGGUGACCCUUCAGUACAUUAAAGACAAAAAUCAAGGAGCAGUAAUCCCUCCUGUGGUGAAGUACACUGUGUCCUACCUCAAACGAAAAGGGCUUCGUACCGAGGGCUUGUUCCGAAGGUCGGCCACAGUUCAAGCCAUCAAGGAGAUCCAGAAGCUCUAUAACUUAGGAAAGCCUGUGAACUAUGAUGACUACGAUGACAUCCACGUUCCCGCAGUGAUCCUGAAAACAUUCCUCCGGGAGCUGCCGGAGCCCCUGCUGACCUAUGACCUCUACGAGCAGGUCCACAGCAUCACCAGUGUGGAGAGCAGUCUGCGUGUGAGCCAGUGUAAAGAGACUGUGGAGAGCCUGCCAGAACACAACUACGUGCUGCUCAAGUACCUAACCUGCUUUCUGCACAUGGUGUCUCAAGAGAGCAUCCACAACAAAAUGACCCCGUCCAACCUGGCCUGCGUGUUCGGGCUUAACCUGAUCUGGCCGCCCAGGGGCACGGCGUCGCUGGGGGCUCUCAUGCCUCUAAACAUGUUCACAGAGCUGCUGAUUGAACAUUACAGCAAGGUCUUCAGCUCCCGCACGCCACCCAGUGAAGUUCUGCCCUAAUGCAGAGGGACCAUAAGGAACCAGGCUGAUCACUUCCACAGCGUGAAGACACCACCACUCCAUCCACUGCCCAGGCGGUACAAGUCUUUCCAGAACCAACGGGCACUGUUUUAAUGGGGUCUAUUCAAUUACUACCACUGUUUAAAUAUCAAAAUUAGAUUAAGAUUCAAUUAAGAGAAUCCCACACACUGGUAAGAGAUCAUGUUCUUCACAGCGAGUGACUCAAAUUACAGUGUUAUUCAGCCCCCCACAGUUUAGAUCUACCAGAUAGACCCUCUUCUCUCUGUGUAAGUACUUUGGGCCAUAUUUUCAAAGCACUUCCUCUGUUCUUUAAUGAAUUCCUAUUUUUGAAAGGUGAAAAGUUCAUGUUAGUUAUAAAAAAGAAACAUUGAAAAUCAAAACCCCUUGCCAGUGCGUAAGGCAACUUGAAACAUAUACCUGGUUUGAUUUUAGUUUUGUAAAAUUGAGUGUUGAAUGAUCUUUGAAGAUGUUAACUGUGAGGGAUCUGAACAGGGCCCCCAAAACUUCAAACACUUGAUCCUUAAUGUUCUGCAAAAAACGAGUGCUUGGGAAGCAGAUGGUUUUUGGAAAAAAAAUGUUUUCGUAUUACAGUAAUCCGUCGCGUAUCCGACUGCGGUGGGACCAGAGUAAGGGCAGAUAUGUAAAAAGUCGGAUAAAUGAAUCCUGUUUUAUACACCAUUAUAGACAGCUGUAACAAUUACUAUAUUCACACAAUUAUUGUUUUGAGAUUCAGCUUUUAUUAGGGAGCUCCCUUAAAUCCAUUGUUUAAAAAGAUGCAGGGUAUUAAUGCUUGUGACAGAGUAGCCAUCUGCCAUGUGGUUGCUGAGUGACAGACAGGAGAUCGAGACAGAGGUUGAAGUUGAUACGCCCUGCAGGCGAACAGGAUUUAUUUACACAUCAACACAUUGAACAGCUCACGUGACACAACCAGCAAUGGUAGCACACGGAGCACAUACAACACAGUGUACAAAACUAGGAAAAAGAUAGGAUCUACAAUCUCUGAACUAAUGUUCUCUGUUCAAUAAUAAACUAACGUUGCUGAAGAGAUUGAUCAUGGCGGAUAAACGGUGAGGGUGGAUAUGUGAUGGGUGGAUACGCGAUGGAUUACUGUACUGAUUACUAAAUUGGGGGAUGUUUGUGAACCAAGGUUAUGAAAACAAAUCUAUUAAGAACUGAAUAAAAACACAUCACUUUAUAAUUCCUGGAUCCCGGGAUGUCUGUAUCGCAGCAGCAUAUUUUUCUGCAUAAUCCUAAUUUUUUUAUAUUUUUAAUCACACAUCAUGGCUCAUAAAUCACCCGGGGAAUACAUUUCUCAACUUUAACUCUGGAGCGUUCGCCAGGAGAAAGAUAAUUUCUCUCAUAUAGAUUGCAGUGUCUCCAGCUCAUGCUUCCUCCUGCAACAAUACCUGUUUUUGUUCCCACAAUACGCCACUCAUUCUAAUCCGAGCACCAGCAUUGUUGCAGUGAGGGAGCAUGAUGUGGAUGCACGACAAAUGUAAUGUUUAUAAUUCUCUCUCUCCUGGCGAACGCUAUUCAGUAAAACUUGAGGAGUGUAUUCCCCAUACUGUAAUAGCAAAUUGUACAUAACUACGCUAAGUAUACAAGGUCUAGUUUUCCACAGCGAUGCAUAUACAGUAAUUGUGUCGUGGACAGGGGGUGCAAUAUUAUACAAAUAUGGACUGGAGAUGAAACUAUUGUCCCCGAGGGGUAUAUAGGGCCUUGUUCAUAAAUGUACGUGCUGACUGCCGUAAUAAAACAAAUUUCGUUUGAAACUAACGAAAGUCGUCCAUGUUGCUAUUAGGGGUGCAACAAUUAAUCGAUGCAUCGAUUUAUUGAUCAUCUGUCCUUAAAUUUUCCGAGCUUCGAUUUACAUAUUGGUCAAUCGAUGCAUCAAAUUAGAACCCAGUUUGAAGUCUCCUGUUGCCGGUUUGCAUUAAAGCCUUGAGUGUGUGAGAGUGCGCUUCUUUUAGUGCUAGUAUGGUAGAUUAGUGUGUUGCUAGGAUACACACUUUAGGCCUCUACAUUCGCGUUGGACAAGCCAAAUCAAAACCAGGCCUAUUCAUGUUUUCUUGAUAUAAAAAUUAAGGCAAUACGGUUUUUUGUUUGCUUGUUUUAAAUCGGUUAAGUCUACCGAUGGGUGUACAGUUGUUCAAGAACGAAAAUCUGCCUCUUUUUGACAUCAUCAGUAUUAUUAAUGUUCCCUGGGUGGUGUCGGUAGCUGUUGCAAAACGAAAAAUGGAAUCCACCGACAGUACUACCGAAACCCGAGUCUGCAGCUGCAAAACCUGAUUCCGAUGCCCCUAUCACAUCUGCCAAAAAUUCAGGACAUGUCAUAAUUUAGGAUUUUUUUUUUUUUUUUUAAUAAAUACUUUUGUAUUUGUUUUGUUUGGCAACACUGGUGCUCACACAUAAGAUUUCCAUUCUUAACUGCAGGACCAAAAAAAUAAUAACAAAUAAACAAAAAGCACUGUAGGAGGACCUUUGAAUAAUACUGUAAUUCUAGUAGUCGUAGUAAUAAUAAUAAUCAUUUUGAAAAUUAAAUGUUAAUCUUACAAAUUCCCAACGUAUUAUUAUUAUUAUUAAUAAUAAUAAUAAUAAUAAUAAUAAUAAUAAUAAUAAUAAUAAUAAUAAUAAUAAUAAACCCUGCUUAAAGCAGGGUAUCAAUCAGGGGCGGGUUUAUGUUUAUGAAUCAGUGAAAGUUUCACGCCGUAUUGCACACUGUAGACAAAAUGGUUUUGUGGUGCGCGAAAAAAAAGACUCCCUUUCGAACAGUGAUUGAGCCUUCGCAUUGAGGCUCUAUCAGUGUUUUUUGCAGUACCAGGUAAACCCAGAUUUCUGACUGACUGCAUCAGCAGCACUGGUAUACUGUAUAUUGUAACGCUCCAUGAAAAUAAAAAGGUUCACACAGGCAGUGUUCGUCCAAACUGUUUAUUGUGAACACAGGUAAAAGAAAUAAAAAGAAAAGGACCGCUGUCAGCCGGGGAUCACGGCAAAGAAAUAAUAAUAAAAUAACUCUAUUCUCAGUCUCUCACUUGCUCUCUGCUUCACGGCGCUGUUUCAAAAUGAUUAUGCCAGAGAAUAUGUUCUUGUAUGAGUAUAUAUUUAUAUUAAAAAUGUUCCUUCAUAUAAAGCUACAGAUUUUUUUUUUUUUUUUUAAAUAGGCAGUGUUCAUCACGGGUAUGUCAAACUGUAUAACAGAGCAAAUGUAGUAAUAAAAUAUGUCUUUAAAAUAAUAGUCUGCCGAGGCUGUCGUUAGUUUAGACUUGACUGUAGAAAGCGUUCAAUAACUCCUAGUUAUCAACAGCAUUUUGCUGUCGUUCUCUCUUAUGAAUAGCAGGUUGACGCUCAGGACCGAUGAAAACUUUAUGCUAAUGAGGUAAUCGUUAACCUUUCUCUCAAUUCGUUAAAAACAUGCCUUCAUAGAUGAAAAUCGUUAGGGCUUAACGACACAUCUGAAUUAUAUCUUAUGAAUAGCAAGUGCUGUUAAACAGGCGGCUAUGGACGAAAUCCGAUCAUGUACUCCUGUUUUCUUAUUUCGACAGGCGUUAACCCUUUAUGACUAGACCCCCCAGAGUCGUGACAGGAUUAUAUUGGCCUGAGGGUUAUAAAGAGGCUAAGUCCUAUGCCCACUGGAGGACACUAUCAGGAGUAGCCGACCCUGGUCCUGGAGAGCUGCAGGGUCUUCUGGUUUUCGUUCCACCCAACUUCUCCGUUACUUAAUCGAACCAAUUGUUUUCUUAAUUGGUCACCACAAAACAAUGUUCCAGGUCUUUAGCCAUUGGUGAUUUAAAGAUACCCAGAAUAGCCUGCAGGAUCGUGGUUCUCCAGGACCAGGGUUGGCCACACCUGCACUAUAUCAACACAAGAGGACAAUAGUUUUCCACAAAACCCCAAGUACCCAGUCCAUGUGUUUUAUUGAACCCUGGAAGACGGCUCUAUCUGCAUCCAGCUCCCAGACAGCGGUGCAGAACUCUCUCAGAAUGCACUUCAGGUCUUGAGGCUCGUAUUUCUCCAAAGACUUCUCUAAAUCAGUGUUAUCCAGGUUUUUAUUUGUUUUUAUUACAACUUUUGUGUUUUUAGUUUCGAAUUUGUGGAAGCUUGUCUUCAGAAAGCUGAGGAACACGUGCUCCUGCCAUGUUGUUCCUUUUGUAAUGUAAAAGGGGAUCACGUUAGUCCUGGCCACAGUGAUUGCAAUGAGUGUAUGUACCGCUGCUAUGAAUAAAGACCAUUGUUAAGGACUCUCCAGAGUCCUUAACAAUCAGGAAGGUGUGAUUCACGGAAACAAGCUUUUUAAAAUAAAAUGCAAUUUUAUCAAUGAAAACUUUUGAGAUUUCACUUUGACGCACUAACAUCUGUUUUGCUUGUGUGAAGAUGGGAAGUUCAGUGGCUUGUGUGAAGAUAGGCAAAACAAAGGAUUCACAUUUUUUUUCUGUGAAGAAAUAUUGAUUUAGAAUGUAUCAAAUUACACAAAUACAGCUUGUGUUUAGAUUUGUUUUUUUAAAGAAAAGUGUUUUUGGUAAUGAAUAGGUUAAGAAGGAUUUGUUUAAGAAAAGUCUUCUUUUGACCCUUCGUUUGUUCUCCAGAUUCAGAGGUGGAGAUUGACUGCAGCCUGGGUUAAAACAUGUUAUCAUUCAAUGCACCACUUGAAAUGAAGCAAGCAUAUCAUGUAUACAGCACUCUAUGCAGGGACUCGAAUUGCUGGCUCUAAUGCGGGUUGGACAGGUAGGUUUGCCAGGUGUUCCGGAGGGAUCCUUUCUGAUUUUGACCAGUGAUUUCUUCAGGGUAAUAGAGGCUUAAGCAAAGUCUAUCUAUCUAUUGCGAUUGUCUAGACACUUUCUUCCAAAGUGACUUCUUCAGAGUCAUGCAGAAAUGGCAGCUUGCCAUCUGGCAUCAACGCACCCCCUUCUCACCUCGUCCAAUUAAACCAGCAUAUCCUCAAGUCUGAUAUGUUUUCAUUCCCAAACCAAAUUAGGCGUCUUCACCCCUGACCCCAUGUGCAGAUGGCUCAUUUUUGUACCCUUAAUUUCACAUUUCGAGUGGAAUGCAAUACAACAACAGGCCUGCUCGUUCAUGAAGCAGACUCGCAUUUCAAAUGAGACGCAGUUUUGUACACAACAGUGCACCAACAAAUAUAUUGCCGUUUUUUUUUUUUAAAGAUGCCUUUUAAAAUAAUUUUUCUAGAUUUUUCUUGAAUACAAAUAGAUGCAUAAAAAAGUAUUAAUUAAAACAAAAUACAAUUCAUUGGUUAGCCAAACUAAAAUAAUUAGAAUAAAAUGUGUAUGAUAAAUGUGGAAUUUUUUUUUUUUUAUUAUUAUUGUUCUUUCUGUUCAAUUAUUUAAUCAGUCGAUUAAUUAAUUAGUCAAUCUGUUAAUUAUUCCAUUCAUUAAACCAAUAAGUACCAAAUAAAUGAUUUGAAAAAAUCAGAACACACGCUGUAUGUAUGUAUAGUAAUUUGAUACAUUUUAAAUCAGUAUUUCUUAACAGAAAAAAAUGCAAAUCCUUCAUUUUGACUACAAACUGCUGCAUCCUGUUUUGAGUACAGUCAAGUUAGACGUGCCCAUUAUCAGACCAGUGAAAUGUCAUGCUGACUAUGAAGCUCAACACAUAGAAAAUGGAGCUUUAUCAUCACCGUAGGGAGGAAAACACCAAGAAAUGCAUCAUGUUUAGGAUUCAGUUUCUUAUUUUAUAUUUAGGGGUCAUAAAAGUAUCUGUAGGACUGUAUUUGCAGAAUUAACAGUUACAUUUAGACUUAACUUUUGCAAAAUUAGAGUAAGUUAUCAUAACAAUAAAGUUAAAGAGAAAUUUUAAAUAACGGGUAGAUGCCAGUUUAAAAUGCUCCAAAAAAUUACAAAGUAGCCUGUCCUCACAUUAGGACAAUGGCACUUAAUGGGUUAAUUAUUCCGCAUAAAUGGAAAAAUAGGGCUGUUGCACACAAAAUAAUAACAUUGUUCUAUUCUUACAACUUUUAAUAUCUGGCAAUAUUACCAGCAAUUCCAUAUGUAUCCAUCAUGGACCGUCGAGUGCUUGCUGCUGCUUUGGUGAAACAUUUUUUUGUGUUGAGAAUAUAAAUUAUAAAUUACCCCUCUUGCUUUUUCUUACAAAAGUAUUUCUCUGUGUUCCCACAAUUUUAACCUCAAAGAGUCAAAGGGUGCUGCCAUCUUGGAACAACGAUGAAAAGGCAUCACAGCCAGAUAAGGCAGCAGUGUGGAGUAGUGGUUAGGGCUCUGGACUCUUGACCAGAGGGUUGUGGGUUCAAUCCCCAGUGGGGGACACUGCUGUUGUACCCUUGAGCAAGGUACUUUACCUAGAUUGCUCCAGUAAAAACCUAACUGUAUAAAUGGGUAAUUGUAUGUAAAAAUAAUGUGAUAUCUGUAUAAUGUGAAAUAAUGUAUAAUGUGAUAUCUUGUAACAAUUGUAAGUCGCCCUGGAUAAGGGUGUCUGCUAAUAAAUAAAUAAUAAUAAUAAUAAU